GUGUUGCAUUUGGACGAAUAUUUGGUACGUAAUUCAGUUGUCGGUGAGAAUGGAGGCAGCGGUGGUGGAGCGGACAAGAGACAGGGUUGGCCAUGUUAAGAGGGUUGGGUAUGUGAAGAAGGGUAUUGCGAAGAGAAAAUGCUGCCGGAGGGUUAGACGGCGAGCGCUGCAGGAGCUUUUUCUUUCGUGCCUAGACGUCUUCAAAGGCCCCGGCACCGUUCCUCCUACUCAGGAUGUUCUGAAGCUACGCCGCAUUCUUGACAAUAUGAAGCCAAAGGACGUGGGGCUAACUAAGGAGAUGCCGUUCUUUAGACCUACAAAUGCGGUCAAUGGGGAUUCGAGGGUCAGAUACACAACCAUCUACCAGUGUGAUAACUUUUCGUUGUGCAUAUUCUUUAUCCCGGCAACUGGUGUAAUUCCCCUGCACAACCAUCCAGGAAUGACUGUUUUUAGUAAGCUUCUAUUAGGAAAAAUGCACAUCAAGGCGUAUGAUUGGGCUGAACCUGUCAAUUUCUAUGGCUCUGUAGCAUCCUCCUCUCAAUCGAGAUUGGCAAAGUUAAAAGCUGACAGAGUCUUCACAGCCCCAUGUGACACUUCAGUAUUAUAUCCAACAACUGGGGGGAACAUCCAUGCCUUCACCGCCAUAACACCAUGUGCGGUGCUUGAUGUUCUAGGACCUCCUUAUUCUAAAGAAGAUGGUCGAGAUUGCUCAUACUAUAAAGAUUAUCCCUACACUGCCUCAAAUGGAGAUACAACAGUGAAAUCAGAGGAGGCUGACUCUUACGGAUGGUUGGAAGAGAUUGAAAUUCCAGAGAACUCACAAAUGGAUAGAAUUGAAUAUUUGGGUCCUCCGGUUAUUGAGCCUACCUGUUAGCUGCUCCAUGUGUGACCAGAAAGCAAAACCCCCAACCCAAACUUGUUUUCUAUUCAAAUUUUUCCUUCUCUCGUGUUGCUCAAUUUAGCUAUUGUGAUUGUAGAGUUUUUGGCCUAUGUUUGUUUGUAUAUUUGUUUUAUGCUCUCGAAACAAAUAUAUUAACAAACAAUUCAAAACAUAAAAUACUCUUAAAUAAAUAUAUAUAUAUA